AGGGCAGAGGCAUGUCAGUCCUGCUGGCCCUGCUCCUGGGGGCUGUGCUCUGCCCCCAUGUCCUCAGCCUUCCAGAGGGCUCCACCGAGCCCGACACGGUGACCCGGGCAGACAGUGACAAAACCAACCUGGUGGGCGCCCUCAGUCUAGCCCGCAGCAACAACGACUUCGCCUUCAGCCUCUACAAGCUCUUGGCUGCCCAGAGUCCCGAAACCAACGUCAUCUUCUCCCCGCUCAGCGUCUCCAUGGCCUUGGCCUUCCUGGCACUGGGGGCUCAUGGCCCCACCCAGACUGAGAUCCUAGAGGGCCUCAAGUUCAACCUCACCGAGACCCCCGAGGCCGACAUUCACAAGGGCUUCCAGCAGCUACUGAGACAUCUGAGCCGGCCUGGGGGGCCCUUGCAUAUGAAUGUGGGCAACGUCAUGUUCCUGGGCCAGCAGCUAGAACUGCAGGAGCGUUUCCGGCAGGAGGCCCAGGCGUUGUACGCCGCCGACACUGUCUCCACAGAUUUCCAGGAUACCGCCACCGCCGAGAAGCUCAUCAAUGAUUACGUGGAGCAGAAAACCAAGGGGAAAAUCAAGGAGGUGGUCAAGGGCCUGGACGCAGAGACCAGGAUGGUCUUGGUGAACUGCCUCUUCUUCAAAGGCGAAUGGAAGACGGCCUUUGACCCCAAUGCCACAAUCAUGUCAAGUUUCCACGUGAAUGAGAGCAGGAAGGUGGAGGUGCCCAUGAUGGUUUCUGGGCACCUGUCGGAGCCCUACUUCCGGGAUGAAGUGCUUGGCUGCACCGUGGUGCAGCUUCCAUACAGGGACAGCAGCACCUGUGCCCUCCUCAUCCUUCCUGACGAGGGUCACAUGGCCGAGGUGGAGGCUGCACUGCACCCGGCCACGCUCCAACGCUGGAGGGGCUCACUGAAGGAGAGAACGAUAAGCCUGCACCUUCCCAAGUUCUCCAUCUCCGGGAAGUACAACCUGAAGCAAGUCCUGCCUCAGCUGGGCAUCAGCAGCAUCUUCUCCCAGGGGGCGGAUUUCUCAGGCAUCACCGAGGAUGAGAGACUGAGCGUCUCCCAGGUGGUCCAGAAGGCCACGAUGGAUGUGGCCGAAGAAGGCACCGAGGCUGCAGCUGCUACAGGGAUAAGUCUGGUGUUUCGGGGAGUACCGAGAAUCAUUACUGUGAGCUUCAACAGGCCCUUCCUGGUGGCCCUCCUGGCCGAGGACACACAGAGCAUCCUCUUCCUGGGCAAAGUCGUGAACCCCCAGUAGUCCUGAAGACCCCCGGGUCGGGGCCUGGCCUGAGGAGUCGGCCCAUCCCUGGAGCCCGCACACACCUGUUCCCUCUUGGGUCACCACCCUGGGGCUGUGCUCAG